UUAUCAAAAAUCAUAAUCCAAAGUAACCAAUAGUAGUGCAUUAGGGAUUUGUAAAACACAUAGUAAAUACUACUAGCUAGUGAGAGUGAGAGUGUAGGUGUAGCAAUGGCCACAGUACUUCAUGGUUUAUCCCUUUCCAAUAUACUAGUUUUCUUUUUCUUCUUUGAGCUGUGUUUUUGCUUCAAUCCAAAAUACCACAGGUUGUCAACGACUGGAACCUCUUGGUCAUCUGCCGGAGCUACCUGGUAUGGUAGCCGCGAUGGUGCAGGAAGCGAUGGAGGGUCUUGUGGGUAUGGUAAUGCAGUGUCACAACCACCAUUCUCUUCCAUGGUUACUGGAAUAGGCCCUUCUCUUUACAAUUCAGGCAAGGAAUGUGGAGCCUGUUAUCAGGUUAAAUGUAGCAAACACUCAUCUUGUUCGGGAAAACCGGUAAGAGUGGUCAUAACGGAUUUUUGCCCUGGAGGACCAUGCGCAUCCGAUGCUGCACAUUUUGAUCUGAGUGGGACUGCAUUUGGUGCCAUGGCACUUCCUGGUCAAGAAGACAAGCUUCGUGACGCAGGAGUCUUGGAAAUUAGUUAUGCACGUGUGGCAUGUGAUUAUUCAGGAAAAACCAUAACAUUUCAUGUGGAUCAAGGGUCAAACCCAUACUACUUUGCUGUAGUGAUUGAAUAUGAAGAAGGAGAUGGAGAUCUUGGUAGUGUUGAUCUGAAGGAAUCCUCAACAGAAUCAAAUGAUGAAUGGCGUACCAUGCAACAAUCAUGGGGUGCAGUUUGGAAGCUAGAUGCUGGGUCACUACUCCAAGCUCCACUCUCCAUUCGCUUGACCUCACAGUACUCAGGCCAGACUCUUGUGGCAAAAGAUGUCAUUCCAAAUGGGUGGAAGCCUGGCUCAUCCUAUAGAUCCGUGGUUAAUUACCUAUGAUUAUCAACAACUUACAAGUCAUCCAAGCCCAACUCCUAUAUUUCUGAGUUGGUUGAAACUUGAGAUGUAUUUUGCGUGGACUUAGAUUAAUGGGGCUAGAAUUCAGAUUGAAAUCUUGCUUAUUAGCAUUAAAAGAUGAAUGUUAGCCUCAACUAUUUUGAGAAAGUUGUGGUGCAUCUAAGCAUGUAUUACAAAUUAGCAUAUGUUUUAAGAGUAAUGAGCUUUUCGUAGUA